GCUCACACGCCGUCUCCUCUUAGGCGGCGGCGGGAGAGUAACGAAGCCAUUAAGAGAAGGGUUUGGAGGGCUCGGCAGUGAAGAGCUCAUCCUGAAGCCGCAACACCACGGGUAGAGUUAAAGCAAAUAUGUUGCCUCAAGCGAUCCUGCAAAGCCCAGGGGAGCAUCCCAGGUUCAUAAAGCAGACUCUUGGCCCCUCGUUAGACCCUGCAAGGAUUCAUUUGAUCAAAGACAAAGAUGGCAUAGAUGAUUAUUUGGCGAAGAAUAUCAAAGGGCUGUCAAAACAAGAAGCUGCUGCUAACAGGAAUUCAUACAAGAAGAACAUCUGCAUAGACAUGCUGCGACAGGGUUAUCACAAGUCCUUCUCCGAGCUCUUCACUCUGAUAGAGAAGUGGAAUGCCUUGAGGGAGGCUGCAGGGCCUGGGUCAGCCAUAUGGCAGCAGAAGUCCCUGGAGGAGCAGCCUGAUAAGCUGGAUCAGCUUUACCACUUCCUGACCAGGGCUGAGGCAGCCCAGCGAGCAGGGCACUAUGAGGAGGUGUAUGAUAACCAGCUUAACUUGGCCUACUAUUUCAAUGACCCUGAGGACAAGUGGUUAAGUAAUUACUUUCAUGAGGGAUGCUUUAACACUGCUAAACUAAUAACAACUGAUAUCAGGAAAAGAGAGGCACAAGCACAUGCAAAUAUGGGCCUCAUCAAAGAGGAACAAGGUCAUGUCUUGAAAGCUGCUGAGUAUUAUGAAACAUUUUAUCAUCUAACGCUUGGUUCAACAUGGAAGGAUGUGACAGGCCGUACUUACAAUUCACUGGCAUCUGAGUAUCUCUGGAGAAUUUAUACAUUACUAGCAGACAAAAUGCUAGAAAAUAAUGAACACCAACAGGCCAUCAAAACACUAAAAAAAGCUUUAAAAAUGGCAAAAAAUGUAGGUGAAAUGAAGAUCCAAGGAGAAGCUACAUAUUGCCUAAGUUUAGCAUAUUAUUUUGCUGGAGAAAACCAGAAAGCGUUAUCAACUUUGGACACCUCUGUAAAAAUCUUCACACCACUUUGUGAUUCUGCUGGCCUAAGCAGAGCAUAUGCAGCUAUCGCCAAGAUCCUGGUAAGUCAGGGAAAAGCAGCUGAAACUACGAAGCACUUGGAAGAGUUUAUGAAGGCUGCUGAGAACACUCAUCUAAGACAAAGCCUGGUGGAUGCAUGUGUAUUACUUGGGAAUAUUUACAAUGAAAGAGGGAGCUAUAAUGAAGCUUGUGAAUAUUUCAGUCAGGCUUAUGAAACAGCAAAAAGUUUAAAUAAUUUGCCCUUAGUGGAUGAAACAAAAGCUUACUAUGGCAUUGCAAAGGCUCAUAAACUGAUGGUGCCAUUUAAUAGCCAUACAGAAGCAGAAGAUCUCACCAGCCUCAAGUAUCUGCUGGCAUGGAAGGAGAACAGAAGUGACAUGUGCACUGACCCUCUUACAGUUGAAGAUGCCUGCUUACUUACAGAGAAGCUAGUAAUGAGUACAGGAAGAUCAUUGAAGAGUCAUGCAACCAAGUAGGAAUUUUGCUAGGAGUUUUGUCAUUUAAAUGGAAGCACAGUGUUGCAGUAUAAAUAUCUGAGAGCUGGAAGUUCUUUUAUGACUGAAGUGUGGCUUCAAUGUGUAUUGCAUGUUUUUAAUAAAAAAUAGCUGGUGUCAUUGAAAUAAAUACAAAAGAAAAAGAGUAAUAUAGAAUAAAAACUUUUCAUGUUGUGCCCCUAGUACUUAUUGCCUUCCAAAGCAUCAAGAUCCUCCUGUUAAGAUACUAAACAUACUUUAUGCCUACUGAGUGGGAAUCCAAGAUGCUCAAUACCUUCUAAGAUCAGGUUCUGAACAUGCCUGGAGAGUUUUCUUUAAAUGCCAAAUUAUUGUCCCUUUCAGAAAAAAUCAACUACAAACUUGACACCUUAUUCAUAGGGCUAUCAGUGAUUUUAGCAGCUGUGCUUAACAGUUGGUGUUCAACUGUAGCUUAAAUAGAAUAGCUCCGACUUUGGUGGCACAUUAUGAUGCGAUUUUUACCUAAUCUAUAACGCAGGUUGGACCCAAAGCACAACUGUUUGUUUAAAAUCUGGUUGAGUACACUCAUGAAAGUGCUGAAAGGCUGUACAACCAAAGCAUUUGAAAUGUCAUUGACUGUCUCAAGUGCAACGUUAAUCUACAGGCACAGCUGAAAUAACUGUAUUUAACAAUGAAAGUACAUCUGGUAGAAUACCUUUACAUCACAUUUUCAAAAGUGAACACGAAAUUUCUUUUUGAGCAAAGCCUGUGUUCAUUCACACAAUCAGGUAAAAAAAUUCUGCUUCAAUUCUUUCUGAUAAAUAAUCUGAAGCACUGAUUUUGGACUGUGUGUGGAGAACUGUCUCCCAUUUCAAGCUGAUGAAAUUCUCGACUGUGGAUUUCCCAUACAAUCCACAGCAGUCAGACUCCUGUUGUCUUCACAGCCCUCAGAAGGCAUUUUCCAGCUGCCAUUGCUAUUGGUCCAAAGAAAAGUUAGAGGACAGAAGAUGGAGGUUAUCACUUUGCAAAAUAUAUGUAUAAGCAGGAUUUAGAACCUUUAAUUUUUAUCUAGUGCAAGCUUUCAUAAUUUCAUGUGUUAGAAAAUCUGUUGUUUCCAACCACAUAAACAGAGCUUUCUGAAUCCAAACAGUCAACCAUUUCUUUCUUUAAAAAGAGGUUUCCAGAUUCAGCAUUUGAAACAAGAUCCAUUAGACCUGUAAUCAGUUUUUAUGGGAGUCUUUGAGCAAACAAUAGCUUUUGCCAUAGUAAUAACUCAAUUCACAGCUUUCUUCAGGAUUGCAGUUUGAGUAACUGGUUGGCACGUGACAAUAGAAUUUCUCCCUGUUUUAAGGCAUGGUAAAAAUGUUUUCAUUAAAUGUUUAAUUAAGUAGCUCAU